AAAGCCUUUGGUUGGAUAAGGAGAGCUGCAGAGAUAGGACAGAGAAAAUCUUAGAACUAGACAGUGAAGAACUAUAGAGCUAUUAUGGCAGUACUCUUCACUGAAAAAGACCUCUAUGCUCAGCAUUUUGACCCCAAAAAAUUCCUGGAAAUAUAUUUUACCUUUCAUCCUGAGAAAGAAGACAUAAAUGCCCUUAUAGGUUUUGCUCUUAAAAAUCUUCACAAGGCAUUCCAUUCAGGUGGCAUUAAAGGAGACACCCUGAUUGAUAUUGAAAGUGGACCCACCAUCUACCAGUUCCUCUCUGCCUGUGAAUGCUUCCGAGAGAUCAUCGCCACAGGUUAUAUGGACGGGCUCCGGGAGGAACUGCAGCAAUGGCUGAGGAAGGAGCCGGGAGUUUUCAACUGGGGUUCAGUAGGGAAGUACGUCUGCGAGUUGGAAGGGGACAGAGAAAAGUGGAUCCAAAAGGAAGAGAAGGUCCGAAAAGCCAUCAAGCGAGUCCUGAAGUGUGACGUGACCCAGCCCAACCCUUUGGCCCCUCUGUCUCUCCCUCCAGCUGACUGCGUGCUCUCCACGUUGUUCCUGGAAGUGGCUUGCCCAGACUUGCCCACCUACCGCUCUGCCCUGAAGAACAUCAGUUCCCUCGUAAAGCCUGGGGGGCACCUGGUCUUAUUUGUUGCCCUGGAAGCAAAUUUCUACAUGGUUGGCCUGCAGCGGUUCUCUUGCCUCUUCUUAGAUCAGAAAAGUGUAGAAGAAGCUGUGAAAGGGGCUGGCUUUGAUAUUGAGUGGCUAGAGGGGACCAAGGUCAUCUUUCCACCAGCUUUGUCUGAUGUUAAGGGGGAGUGUGUGCUGGUUGCCAGGAAACGCUGAAACAGGUGUGGUGGCGGUGGUAAAUGGCUAGACUAGCCCAUGUGCUGAUUUCCCUUUUUAUCAUUAUGCUUACACAAUCCUCCUUUCCUUAAGAGGGAAGAAGUUUCUGGUCCAGCAAUGUAGCUUUUGCCUUUGGAUGAGAGCGCUUGAUGCUUAUGGAGUCUUUGUAAAGUUGGCUUAAGUGGAGGCCAAGAGACACUUUUGCUGGUUAGCAGAACUUCCUCCCCAUAUAUCUUAGAUACAGUAGCCACUUUCAGCUUGCGAAAUUUCUGAAGAUUUGAGUGGACCCUGGGGAGGAUAGGAGGGUAGGGAUCUCAGCCACCACUUUUAAAAAGUGGCCAAUAUAUAUUAGUUUCUAGCUCUCUGGAACAGAGGUGUAUUUCCAUGAUAAGUUGCAUAUUUUAGAGAAGAGAUCUGAGUUCUUUUAUACUUCUUGGGUGUUGGCUUGCCCUUUUUUCAUUUAUCCCUGGUUCCUAGUAUGUGAUUUCUCAUCACCUCUGUUUAGCUAGGUUCUUCCAACAAACUUCCCCAAAACAGCCACUCUGCUGUAAGAUUUAAUUCCAUUCAAAGUGCUGGUUCUUACCUUUAAAGACCUCCACGGCUUGGAGCCAGGGUUCCUGAGGGACUUCCUUCUCCCAUACGAUCCAACUUGCCAGUGUCAGACAUUUGGAUUAGAGCCAGGGCUUUUUUUCAGCUGGAACGCGGUGGAACGGAGGUUCCGGCACCUCUU